AUGCAGAAAAGAACCAAGAAGAUGGAUAUGGGGAAUUGCUCUUCCUUUACUGAAUUUAUUUUCUUGGGAGUGACUAAUGAUCCUGAGAACAAAGUCAUCCUCUUCACCAUGUUUCUGCUCAUUUAUCUCAUGGCCCUUCUGGCGAAUCUUGGAAUGAUCAUUCUGAUUAGAAUAGAGUCCCAGCUGCACACACCCAUGUACUUUUUCCUCAGUCAUCUCUCUUUCUGUGACCUCUGCUAUUCCACGGCUAUCGGACCGAAGAUGUUGGUGGAUGUCUUUGCCAAGAACACAUCAAUCCCCUUCUUUGGCUGUGCCCUGCAGUUCUUGGUCUUCUGUACCUUUGCAGAUGCAGAGUGUCUACUGCUGGCUGUCAUGGCCUUUGACAGGUACAAGGCCAUUAGCAACCCCUUGCUCUACACAGUCAACAUGAACAGCGGAGUAUGUUACCGUCUCAUGGCUGGGGUUUACCUGGUGGGACUGACAGAUGCUUUGAUACACACAGUCCUGGCGUUCCGCUUGUGUUUCUGUGGAUCCAAGGAGAUUAACCAUUUCUUCUGUGACUUACCUCCACUUUACCUUCUUUCCUGCUCUGAUAUACAGGUCAGUGAGUUGGCCCUAUUCACUGUUUUUGGUUUCAUUGAACUGACUACCAUUUCGGGGGUUCUUGUCUCUUACUGUUACAUUAUUCUCUCAGUCUUGAAGAUCAGCUCUGCCGAGGGAAGGUUCAAAGCCUUCUCCACCUGCACCUCCCACCUCACGGCAGUGGCCAUCUUCCAGGGAACUGUGCUCUUCAUGUAUUUUAGGCCAAGUUCUGCCUAUUCCCUAGAUCAAGACAAAAUGACCUCGUUAUUUUAUACUCUCGUGAUUCCUAUGCUGAAUCCCCUUAUUUACAGUUUACGGAACACGGAUGUGAAAGAGGCCCUAGUAAAGCUGAAAAACAAAAUGUGGCUUUAA